AAAACGGCCAGCUUAAAGCGUUAGUUCAUUCGAGACAUCACUCAGAUUUCAUUCAGACCCAUUUUGAUUAAUCUAAGAUGCCUAAAUCUUUUUUGGUUAAGAAGCGGGUGGAGGUGCCUGCUUCUGAGGAAUCAGAGAAUCUCCCAGAUGCUGAAUUAAUACGGGAGCACGGUAAGGACCCGAUAUCGCUGCUCUUUUAAAGACAGAUUUCUAUUCUUUAUUUCAAUGAUAUUAUUUUCUGAUUUUGAAUUAGUCUCGGCCGAGGAAUCAGGAUUAAGAUUUAUUUCGUUUAAGUCCAAAUGGUGGGAGUUUUGCUUUAAGUUCACUUUUCAAAAAGCUGAAUUAACAGAAACGUGAGAUUCUAAUAAAUCGAUUCUGAAAUCAGAUUGAUCAAAUGGCGCGCAGUUUUCCAGAAGAUUGAAGAUUCUAUGCAAAAGCACAGCGCUAACUGAAUAAACUCUGAACUCAGCCAGAUUUUCCCGUUUCAAAAAAACCGAUUUGAAUUAAUCUGGAGUUAAGAUAGUUUAAAUACGCACAAGUUAAAAUGUUGUAAUUUUGAUUCGGUUUUCUAGAGGAAAGUGACGAAAACCAAAUGGCCCGCGGAAAAGACCAAGAGGCAAAGGGAUCUAAAGCUACAUCAAACCGUCCGUUUGACAUCGAAAACCUAUGUGCACCCGACAGAGUUCCCAAAAAGCAAAAACCUGUCUUACAUUGGAGACCAAUGGAUCACUCGAGGCCCCCUUUCACUUUUGUGGAAUCGGCUACGCUUCCUUUACAUGGUAAUUUUACUGUUAGUCUCGUUGUACUUUUAUGAUAUUGAACAAACGCAAUGUUAAAAGAAAACGAUUUUAUUUUUCGCACGUUGUGAUUACUGAUAUGCGCGCUUUAAUCAGACUAAAAAUGUUUGUGUCACAUUAGCAGUUUUUGUUGAAAAUUCGGAAUACUUUGUGGUUUGAGAAAGAAGAAAUUUCCGUGAAAAAGACGAUUUGAGCGCGCAGGGAGAUGGUGCUUAGAAAAGCUUCUUCGGCGAAGAAAUUUAAAAGUGCGAGUUUCUUCUUAUUGCGGGUAUGGUCUUAAUUUUCAGUUUGGAAAUCAGAACCUGCGAAUCUUAGUAUUAAGGCUGACAGGAAAUGAUUUGGGGAGCCUAUAGAGUACGCGUGUAAAUAGCGCGUAUUUUCACGGCUUGGUGGAAGAAAAGAUUUAAAAUCUGCAAACAAACUACUGUAAACGGCGCAAACUUGUGCACCGAACAUUUUAUGAGAUUACCAAUCGCGUGUAAGAUGAACUUUAUUUAGGUUGGUCCUCAGUCUAGAUAUGACAGUGACAAGCAAAUAAAGAGUAAUUACCUGAAGAAAUCCCUAACAAUACCUCAAAGCCUGUAUGUUUAACUCGCUGGAGUUUAAUUGUUCAAAUAUUGUGUAUAUUUGGACCUCUGUUGGGUUUAUUAAAAAUGACAAACCAAGCCGAGCACCUCCUCCUGAAUUGUCUUUUUAAAUUAAAUUGAAGGAGAGAGUUUCUGCUUUCUAUCAACGGAAAGAAACCUGUGAAAUUACCAAUGGAAGAGGAAACAGAUUCGUUUGAGUAGUUGCUUUAUUUUUCCGUUCAGAUUAAUCGACACAUGAGCUUAAUUAUGCCUCUUAUUUCGAGGAAAUGUGGUACAAAGCCAUUUCUUUUACACUACUUUUCGGGUAUUGUUACAAUUUGAUGGUUUUUUUUCUUCUUCAAUCAGAGCUGAAAACACCAUCUUUGAUCACAAAAUGAAGCGGUAACUACAAAGGGAUUUAAUUUAAGUGAAUCAUCACUCGUCUCCCUUGAAUUGGGUAAGAUUCACGUAGAAAGGAAAAAACAAAGACGUUUUCUAAACGAAUUUAGCAUUCGGAUUUAUAACGCAAACAGUUUAUAAAUGCAAAGGAGUGAAAACUCAUUAACAGCGCAACUUUCCGGUUCUUUUAAGAUUUUAAACAUUUAUGAAAAUUAAUCUUCCAGUACUUGAGUAGCUCUUAUGAAAGCAUCUUUUCGAACUUUUAUUUGCUCUAACCUGGUUGCAAAUCACUCGCGCUCUUAGAAAAUGUUUUUCCGUCUCCAUACAGAACACUUAUCUUAAGGGCUAUACAUCACGUUUGAACGCCAUAAGGCUAACAGAUUAUUUUUUUCUUAUCUCUCAGAUGGCAGACCUUAUAUUCCACCCUUUGCUACCCAGUUCAUGCCAGAUGGGUUCAACCAGUUUCUUAUACACCCUUAUCUACGCUUCCCACCCCAACCAUUCCUUACGGAGCGAAGCCUAUCUUUUCCUUUCUGGCAGCAGUCUCCAUUCUUUGGAAACCCACUUGUGCGCAUGACGGAUGGGGAGAAGGCUUUAAAAACCACCACGCGCGCAGCACCUCAACCGGAUACGCACGAAAAGAAGAAAUCGGAACAAGCAUACAAUGGUCAAACGUUUGAUUGUCUGAACUGUAAAAAGGUGUUUAGUACACCACACGGUUUGGAAGUGCACGUACGACGCUCGCACUCUGGAAGGCGCCCGUUUGCUUGCGACAUCUGUGGUAAAACAUUCGGCCACAUAGUGAGCCUGGAACAACAUAAGAACAUUCACACCAACGAGAGAACGUUUGAAUGCAAAGAGUGCAACAAAACGUUCAAACGCUCGUCCACGCUUUCAACACACAUGCUUAUUCAUUCGGAUACAAGGCCCUUCCCAUGUGACUACUGCGGAAAGAGAUUUCAUCAAAAAUCGGACAUGAAAAAGCACACGUAUAUUCACACAGGAGAAAAACCUCACAAGUGUCUGCAAUGUGGCAAGGCUUUUAGCCAAUCGUCAAACCUCAUCACACACAGCCGGAAACACUCUGGUUUCAAACCGUUUUCUUGUCAAGUGUGCGAUCGUGCAUUCUAUCGAAAAGUUGAUCUUCGACGGCACGCGUACACGCAUGAAAUGGAACAGUUGUCGAUUAAGGAUGCUUAGAAAAUAAAACAAACUAAACACUUUUUUUACGAGUUUUUAGCAACUGCGAAUUUUUCUGCUUGUAAAUUUCGUAUAUCCGGAAUUAAAAUAUCUCAUUCAAGUAUAAAUAA